AUGAGAAGACGUUGGGCUUACUUUACUCAGACGUUUCUGCCCAAGAUCCUGCGGGUGCACAGGCACAGUCGUCCUCGGCUCCACCAGCACCAGACAUAUGUGCAGGUCCCCAACGUUGGAUGUGAGUCAGCGCUUCAACCAUGUAAAUGUGCCAGUGCGCCGACGAAACGAGGACGGCCCAAUACGGCACAUGCGGCUUUGAAAACUUGGAUUCUCGAUUGCAGCGUCAGAGCUGCGAUAGAGGUUAAGCUGUCCCCAAGCAUGUUUGUCAGAUACACCUAG